UAAUUACUGUUAUUCAUCUGCCCGGAUUAUCUAGGUAAUUGUAACUGUGAAACCAAUGUUAUAUUUGACUGUCAUUUAGGAGCUGAUUAUUCUAGAGGAGAAUAAGGGUGAAUGAGUUUGAAAUUACCAUCAAUAUUCUAGGUCUCUAUGGUUGGAAUACAUUUAUGUGAUGUUGUUUGCUUUCCCAGAUUCUCAGUCCUUUUUUUCUCAGAAAUAGAAGACCUGCUACAGUUUUGAAAAGGAGACUAUUCCUUAGGACUUGGACAAUGAAUUCUCCUGACCUCUGGAAUUCAUCAGAAGUGCAAUAUUGCUUUGACUUUGUUAACAAUUCCUGCCCUAGACAUGUAAGGCCUGCCAUUAGUGUUUGGGUCAUGUACAUGGUCAUGAUUAGUGCCAUAGUGAUGACGAUGCUUGGAAACUUGGUGGUCAUCAUCUCCAUCUCCCAUUUCAAGCAGCUCCACUCUCCAACCAACUUCCUGAUCCUCUCCAUGGCAACAACAGACUUUCUGCUCAGUUGUGUGGUGAUGCCUUUCAGCAUGAUCAGAUCCAUUGAAGCCUGCUGGUAUUUUGGAAGGCUCUUUUGUAGAGUACACAGCUGUUGUGACAUCAUGCUUUGUACCACUUCCAUUUUCCAUCUUUGUUUUGUCUCAGUAGACCGCUACUAUGCCGUGUGUCAGCCCUUACAUUAUGUCACCAAAAUCACCAUUCCAGUAAUCCAGGUCUUUUUGUUCAUCAGCUGGUCCAUCCCAAUCUUCUUUGCCUUUGGUCUUGUGUUCUCAGAAUUAAACAUCAUUGGUGCUGAAGAAUUUAUGGCAGCAAUUGACUGUGAAGGUCUAUGUACUCUAAUAUUUAACAAACUCUGGGGGGUUCUGGCCUCUUUCAUUGCUUUCUUUCUCCCUGGCACAGUAAUGGUAGGUAUUUACAUACAUAUAUUUUCUGUAGCCAGGAAACAUGCCAAGCAAAUUGAUACUCUUCCUAAUUUGAAGGGUGGAGAAGCUAAAACAAAAGCCUCAUCCAAGAAAGAAAGCAAGGCUACCAAGACUUUGAGCAUAGUUAUGGGGGUGUUUGUUCUGUGCUGGCUGCCAUUUUUUGUCCUCACUAUCACAGAUCCUUACAUUAACUUUACCACCCCUGAAGAUUUAUACAAUGCUUUCCUCUGGUUGGGUUACUUCAAUUCCACCUUCAAUCCAAUAAUUUAUGGGAUGUUUUAUCCUUGGUUUCGUAAGGCAUUUAAGAUGAUUGUGACUGGAACAAUCUUCCGCCCAGACUCAUCUACCCUUAAUCUGUUCCCUGCACAUGCUUAGACAAUACAUAGAUUUUCCAGUGAUUCUACUGUGAUGGUGAUCACUCUGUCAUUGUUCCAGAGGGGCAGAUUAAAUGCCUGCUAUUCUGUCUCAAGCUCAAUAAUUGUUGAUCA